UUCACCAAAAUGGGACUGGAAAAUGUUAUUUUCAAAUUAGAAAAAUAUUUGAAUGUAAAAAUUUCGGCCGAUAUUAUUAAAAUCCUGGAAUUCUGUGCAUUUGAAAAUGAAUCAUCUCUAAUGUCCAUUGACAACGAUGCUAUUAUGGAUAUCGGGAACUAUGUCAUUGAAAACCCAGAAAUUCUCAAAGAAACAUCAUACGAGAAUGUGAAUCAUUUUAAAUUUAAACCGGGUCACCGAUUGCUUAUCAUCCAGUUGCCACAGUUAAUCAAGAAUUGUAAUCAAACGGAAACAAAUUUGCAAAAAAUCGGACACCUGCGACCGCAAAUGCUUGUAUUCAACGUAGCUAAUGCGCUUUCUGUAUUAAAUCCAGAAUGUGUGAGAAUUAAUUGUAAAAUUUCUGGUAGAGAUUCACCUAAUGCACGUUGUAAUUUUUCAAACACGUCUGACAUCUUUCCACAUGUUUGACUGUGUUUGACACUUCAUCGCAACUGAGCGCAUUCGCGACGAAUACAUGUGCGAGUGUUUCAAUACGUUUCAUAUGCGGAGUCGCGCGAAUGCUCGCGCGGCAGUACGAAUACA